GGUAGGGCAAAGUGUCAUACGCCGAGCGCUUUGGUCCCAUGUCGGGAGGUAUAACCACCGACCGCCGAUGCUGAGACAGUUUAAAAGACAGGGACAUUUAACAACCAUUGGCGAUGUCAACCCAGUAAUCUCAUAUAAUUCCAUCUUCAACCAAAUCUACAUUUCACCAAUCGUCAAACGAUGGCAACAUCCCACGAAGUCUCCUUCGCAGGGGCAGUUCUACUGUCCAGCCUCAUUACCAUGUCCUGCUUCAAACCACCCAGCGAGGUUCCACGAGACGGCUGGAAGCAAGACAGUCUCGGAACUUAUGCCAGCCCAACAGCAGCACGAGUUCGACGGAUUCUGGCUGUUGGUGUUGGUGUUUUCCACUCCCUCAUCGUGCUAGGAUACAGCGACUCCAACCUCGUGUGCCCGCAUCCUAAGAACUUGAACAAAGAGUUGUUCAACUGGAAUGCAUACACGGUGGCUUGUCUCUUGAUGAUCAUUUUCGUUGGCGGACCACUUCGACUUACGGCUUUUGCUCAGCUUGGAAGCAACUUCACUUUCCAGCUUGGACCACCUGAUACUUUGAUGACGGGCGGGAUUUACCGAUACAUUCAGCACCCUGGAUACACAGGGCAAAUUGUUGUGUUGGUCGUCAAUCUCGCUCUGUUCUUGCGCUGGGACGGCGCAUUCGGUUGCUGGCUUUCUCAUGACAUGCGAAUAGCGGUCAACGGUUGGGGCUUGAUCUGUUGUUUGGUUCUUGUGUUUGGAAUCUUGCGAAGGCUCAUGAUGAGAGUGAAGGAUGAGGAGAAAAUGUUGAAGGAGACAUUCGCAGAGGAAUGGGUUGCUUGGAGUCGGGUUACCGCGCGCUUUAUCCCAGGCGUCUUCUAAACGGUCUGCACUAUCAGGCUCGAGUCUAAGCAAAAGAUCAAGGAGUGUCUUUGUAUUUCGGAAGGAGGAGGGUAUAGAUUCCGGUCUUCUGUUUGAGUUGUUGGUGCCUUGUUUCACAUAGCUGUCAACGGGAAUAACUUCAUUCGUAUGUCUAGAAGAAUACCCGCCGGUAAAGGGAUACUCAAAGAAAACAGAAAUACUAGAUUAGAUAUAUACUUUUAAACUAAACCACAGACAAUUUGCAGCUUGAAAUUGACGAUUGUGAAAACAGUUGAGCGCUCUGCUUGUACUUCAUUGGCGAGUCAUGCUAAC